CACAUACACUAUGCUAUCCCAAUCCUUUGUUCCUCAAUUGUGCUUGCUAAGAAAAUGAUUAUCCCUCCCCAAGCAUCAUACUUGUACUAUGCAAACUGGUCGACGGAGUCCGACGAGAUAGUGUUAAACACGAUCAUCAAGCUCAAGCAGGAAACAAGGUGGAUGCUCCCCGACUUUCCAUCUUGGUUCAUGAUGACAGCCCAAUGGGAGCUGAAGUUGACUACCGGCAGCAUGUUCACUGAGGCUGAGAUCAAGCAGCGUAUGGAUUUCAUGAAACUUUGGUUCAAAACUUUCAAGGGUGUGCAGAUGGAGGGAGGUUUUUGGGACGUCGGGGCAAAGAUCAUCCAUGCAAACGAUGACAUUUGGGAGAAGAUUCUCAAGAAAACUCCGUUCGCGGGAGCAUACUAUCACCGGGACGAACCCCAUUUCGCGAAGCUCGCCUGUUUGUACGGCUGGGACGAUGUUAAGAAAGAAGGAGAAACUGAAGUCGUCAUAUCCGACCAGACUGUGAAGAUCGAUGUUGAAGUGGAGCCGAGUUGCUACGAACUUCCUGGCUGUUACACGGAGGUGAACUCACCCAAUAUUUUCCCAACCCGCUCAGUGCGUCGCAAGCUCUUUGUAGAUGACGUGGAGACCCCUACUAAUCGCGAAUCAUCGACUGAAAUUGGCAUAUAUUUCAUUGAGAAUGGCCCAAAUGGCCAAUUGGUCCCAAGGCUUGAGAGGGGAAGGGACUUGACUAGCAAACACGGAGCAGACAAAGCUGGCCCUUCAACACGGUCUCCAAACACGAGUUCGGCUGCUUCCAACUCUCCUAAGCAAUGGUACCCGCAUAACAUCAGGCGUCCCCCGUUUUAGUAUAGCUUCGUGGAGGGGAUGUGUCCCCCACUUUUGGUAGGCAAAGGCAGAUGUGUAAGCCGUAUAUUUUGUGGGCAACUUUAGGGGAAGUCUGUUUUGUAUAGGCUCAGAAGCCUGGCUCAUCUUCUAUUUUGGUGUACGUAAUAUGGCUUUGUCUCUUUAGUUCUAUUUUGAUAUGUAGUAUGGUUUGCGUUUAAGUUGUUAAUGAAGGAGUUCUGCAUUCCAGCAACAUCAAUAUGCAUUGGAACACCUUCUAUUUUGGUGUACGUAA